GUCUGUAUGAUUUUAUUGCUUUUCUGCUAGCUUUUACUACUAGGGACUCUUCACUGAGAUACAUACCACUCUUAUUAAACCUUCAACAUCUAGACUCGUUGAAAUGGAACUGCAACACGUGACGUUGAUAUGUAUCCCUGUCCUUUCUCCAGGUUUCUCUGUAUCAUCCGUCAUAGACAAGGCUGACGGGCGCCAACCCCAAUCGCGGCCACCACCCCAUCACCAACGGAUUCCCCAAACCAAGAAACGUGAGAAACACCGCCUCGAAAGCCGCGCAAAGAAACAAAAGGCGUAUAUCGGCAUACCGGGAUGAAACGUGUUUCUUUGAGGCUAUGCACGGUGAGUGGUUCUUGUCUCGUCCUUGUUCUCGGCGGCGAGGCUAGAAGGGCGAGACAGGACUAUUUCUUUCAUUGUUUUCUCUCAAAUGGCAGGAGCGAUGCGCCAAUGAGUUCCUUCCCCUUAUGAAUGAAUAUGCGUGCUUGGUCACUUCUAACGUUGAUCUCUUCUUUGCAUGCAUUUGUAUUACACUUCCAGCACUAUACGCACAGUAUGCGACUCCGAUUAACAGUCUCCCUGCUCCUCCCAUCCGCCUACGCCACGGUAACGGUCACUGUCCACACGACCAUCCAUACGACCCUCGGCGCAGCCGCCACGCCGGCCGCACCAUCUACGGAAUACACCUCGCCCCGCGCCUUCCGGCGCGCCAUCCUCGAUACACAUAAUUUCUACCGCAAAGACCACAAUGCGAGCGCCCUGGCGUGGAACGGGACGAGCGCCGCGUAUGCUGCGGAAUGGGCGGAGGCAUGCGAAUUCGAGCACUCGGGCGGACCAAGCGGCGAGAACCUCGCCGCCGGCUACCCCAACGCCACAUCCUCCAUCGACGCCUGGGGCACCGAGCGCUCAGAGUACGAUUUCAAAAAAGCCGAAUUCAGCCACGAGACAGGCCACUUCACGCAGGUUGUCUGGAAGGAUACGACGAGUGUGGGAUGUGGGCGGAGGGAGUGUGAUGGGAAGGGUGGCAGCCCGGGGUGGUAUGUUGUGUGUGAGUAUUAUCCGCCGGGGAAUGUGAUUGGGGCUUUUGAGGAGAAUGUGCAGGAGCAGGUGGAGGGAGUGAAGAAUGGGAAUUCGGAGGGUGUGGUGAGCUGGGCGAGUGGGAGGGUGGGGAGGGGUGGAUGGGAGGGGGUGCUGGUGGGGUUGGUGGGGUGGAUGAUGUUGUGA